CGAAAGAGAGAGGGAGGGAGAUAGAGAUAGAAAGAGAUAAGGAAAGACAGAAAGAAAGAGAGAGAGAGAGAUAAAGGAAGAAGCAGGAUGAACAUCGCUGGAAUUAAGAUGGACUGGACGAUCAGAUUGUAUGCCGUUGUAUGGAUCUUGACCAUAACUACACCAAGUUACAAGGCGACGAGUUUGGAGAAUCCGAAUAUCGACGGAAAUAACGAAGAAACGUCAUUGGAAGAAACAACGGAGGAUUAUUGGGCAGGAAGUGGAUCUGGACCGGAGGAUGAACAAUCAUUGCAAAAUGAAACGAGAGAAGCUUUAACCCACGAAGCGAGUGAUCACGAUGCGGUGGUAUAUGUCGGAGAAGGAGGGGCAUACGUUCCAGUACCAUCUUUAAAAAAUCGACCAUUAAGUCCGAAUCUUCAAGCUUUGCAAACUCUACAAGGUCUUCAAGGAUUAACAGGUGGGGGUGGAACAGGAGUGGUGGCCGACGAAGAAUGGCGAAGACAUCCUGAAACUUGGGAUCGAGAACAUCGAAGGUACAGACCGAACACAACGAGAGUACAACAUAUCGAAGCGGAGUGCCAAGACGAUUACAUGAAAAUCAGGAUCGGCUUUAAUGGAUCCUUCACUGGAUUACUCUACUCGGCAGGAUACUCCUACGAUCCGGACUGCAUGUACGUUAACGGGACGGGUCGUGAUUACUAUGAAUUCUACAUCCAAUUGAAUCGGUGCGGCACCUUGGGCGAGAACACUCAUCACCAGGAUAGCAGAAAGAACCCCACGAAAAAUCUCAUGUGGAACACCGUCACCGUCCAGUACAACCCGCUGAUCGAGGAGGAAUUUGACGAACACUUCAAAGUUACUUGCGAGUAUGGCUACGAUUUCUGGAAGACCGUGACAUUUCCAUUUUUGGACGUAGAGGUCGCCACGGGAAAUCCCGUAGUCUUCACCCUCCAGCCACCGGAGUGCUACAUGGAAAUCAGAUACGGUUACGGGACCACUGGAACUAGAGUGGCUGGACCAGUUCGCGUUGGCGAUCCUCUGACUCUCAUUAUCUACAUGCGCAGCAAAUACGAUGGUUUUGACAUCGUAGUUAACGAUUGUUACGCCCACAACGGUGGAAACAAGAGGAUCCAACUUAUCGAUCAAUACGGAUGUCCCGUCGACGACAAACUGAUUAGCAGAUUUCGAGGAUCUUGGUCGGAGAGCGGAUUAUUCGAGACCCAAGUGUUCGCAUAUAUGAAGACGUUUAGGUUUACAGGCUCGCCAGCUUUGUACAUCGAGUGCGACGUUCGUAUGUGCCACGGUCGAUGUCCGAGUCAACCAUGCCAUUGGAGGAACGCGAAAAAUGUUGCGAAAAGAUCUGUGUCGGACAUGAUCGGUGGACCGACCACGCCAGCUACGAGUUUAUCGGAAAACGUGAAUCUUUUUCAAUCUCUACGAGUUCUUCAGGAAGGAGAAGUGGACACGGAACUUUUCCAAAACUCUACUGCCGCUUCUCGCAAUGGUCCAAACGAUCCCUCGAACGACAGAGUGUGUUUGAGAUCGAGCGUGAUGAGCACGAUCGUAGGAUUAGGUUGUGGUAUAAUUUGCUUAUUGUCGGGCACAUUGUUAGCAAUGUGUUCGCGAAUGCGACGACAAGCGCGAGAAAAAUUACUCUCCGAUAGCAUAAGCUAUAUGACGCACAAGGGUAGAAUUAAUUAAGUGGUCGUGGGUGAAAAUAUAUCGGGGGUUAAUUUCGUUCUUUCUUCCCGUGGUUCUCACGAUUACAAAGUUUUUUACCGACGGAGAUCGGUCAAGAAGGUUUGGGAAGGGGAAAAAAGGAAGUAAAAACGAAACGAGAAUUCGUCGGUAAAACAGAAAUCUGAAUUACCGUAACACGAUGUCGAAAGACGUCGACGUUAUCGGGAGGGACGAACGAUAAAAGAGAAACGAAUGGAUUUUUAUCUAAAUGCCAGCGAGUAAGCAGCAAGUUAACACGCUACUUCGACGAAAGACUUUAGUAUUUUAGUGUGCCUAACGAAACAACAAGUAACGCCUUAACAACUUUAAUUUACUAUAUAGUUUAACUCAUUAUAUUAUAAUUCAUUAAUACUCAAGACGAGGAGCGUAACAGUUACGAAUGACGACCUCGGUACUAUUAUUUUUUUUUUUUUUUCCAUAACUCGAUUUUUUCCGUUUUCAUUGAUGAAAACGUUUCCGCCGAUAAAGUAGAGUUCGACCGGUAAUGUAGCAAUCAUUGCGAGUUAUGAAAUCAUUGUUACUCGUGAUUUUGAACGAGUUCUUUUCGAUUUCGUUACUUCGUGAAAGUACUUUUUCUAUACUCUUUGAUAUUUUCUUUUUUUUUUUUUUGGUUUUUUAUACCUGCGCUCUUUGCGACGACGUAGACCGAUCUUUCUCUCUUUUAUUCUUUUUACUAUAACCAUAAGAAUUUUAACGGCAAUCCGAUUGCUUAUCGUGCGUCGGUAAUAGCGAUAAUAAAGUUUUCGAGAACUUUGCCAGAAUCCUCAACGUAUCGAGUUAGUUCUUAAAAAUGGAAAUCUCUUCGGUACUUUCGGGGGAUGAAAACGAGCGAGAAUUAUAGUUUGAAGGUAUUUUAUUAAUAAUCUUCGGUGACAAUAAUUGUAAGUUCAGACGCUAUUACUCGGCAUAUUCAGGAACGUAAAAAUUAUUUUUUUAGAAAAGAACCCGAGGGUAAGUUACCGUCAGUCGGUAAUUAUUUCAAGAACAUAAGUCUUUACGAGAGCCAUCCCUUAAUAAAGGGCCACCCAACGUUUCUGAAUGUUCGCGAAUAAUGUUAAUUUACAAAUUAAGCUUUCAUUCGUUAUUAUACGAUAUGAUAAUUAAUUGAAUAAUUAAUUACACGUAGGAUUAUAUAAUGGCUAAAGUAAAUACGUUGAAGCUCGAACCCUGAUUUCUCAUAAAAUAUGACAGGAGAGAUACAAAAAAAAACAGACAUUUAUAAAAGAUAACAAAAAUUAUAUAAAAAGAAAAAAGUAAAAAACAGAAGGAGAGAAAGCAACAACAGACGCGCUUAGAACGUACGGCCAGUGAGGAUUAAAUAAUAUUUCGUGAACGUGUGAGUGCAAAGAAGAGAAAAAACAAAUAAUAAAAAGAAGAAGAAAAAAAAAUUAAACGCAUACAACUCGUUAGAUCGGUUCAUUUCAUUUGAAUUUUUUAAUGUCUACGCGAAAUAUUAAUUUCCCCUCCUGGUCGUUUUUUAUUAUAUACACGCGCAUACACAUGCACGCAGCAUGCAAAUAGUAGCGUGUAAAUACCUUUCGAUUUUCCGUCCUAAAAAAACUCCGUCCGUAAGAUAUCCUUUCACUUAUAUAUAUAUUUUUUUUAUUUCCUUUUUUUUUAUUUUUCUUUUACUAUGGGAAGACAUCAGGAUUCAUGCGAUUAAGGAUUAAUUAGGUAUUACUUGUAAAUAUAGCACUACGUCGAUUAUCUCAUGAUAUUUAUGAUUAAGCUCGUGUGUAACAAGGUUU